GGCGAGGGCGGCAUGAGCGACUCCACCUCGGGUUCGCAGGACGCCGCGAGCGACGCCAAGAAGAAGCACCGCCGCAACCGCACCACGUUCACCACGUACCAGCUGCACGAGCUCGAGCGCGCCUUCGAGAAGAGCCACUACCCCGACGUCUACUCCAGGGAGGAGCUCGCCCUCAAGGUCAACCUCCCGGAGGUCAGAGUGCAGGUGUGGUUCCAGAACCGGCGGGCCAAGUGGCGCCGCCAGGAGAAGAUGGAGCAGGCCCAGCUGCGCCUUCACGAGCAGUCCCUGGGCCUGUUGCACCGCCCCGCCGGCCCACCAGGCCCCCUCGACCACUUCUUCCCUCCGCUCCUCCCGGGCCUGCCGGGCCUGCAGGGCACCAUGCCUUCCAUCCAUGGGGGCCUGCCCAACAUGGGCAGCACUGUGCCCCCGCUGCCCGGAUUUCUCGGCCACCCGCACGCCACGUACCCGUCCUACCUCACCCCGCCCACCUCCUCGUCCAUGGCCGUGGCGCCCCCGCCGGCGCCCUCCAUCCCCGUCUCCACCACCUCCGCAGCCUUCACCACGCCUCCCCUGCCCAUGUCGCCGCCCUUACCCACGUCCCUGCAGGAGCGCUCCUCCCCUCCCCUCACGGGGCCCGAGGACGACCUUAGGUCCUCCUCCAUCGUGGCCCUCAGACUACGCGCCAAGGAGCACCUCGAGAGCCUCGUCAAGACCUCGACACUCGUCUGAGCCGCGCUCAGGGUCACGUGGCGUGGCAUCGAGGUCACACUAUGCUGGGAAAAGGUCACACGACUGUGCGUGCGAAGACAAGGUGACAGAACUGAAAACCCGGCGUAGAAUGCCUGGUGUUCGACUCGAAAUGAGACUGAUAUAAACGUAAGUGUGUGUCUGGGCAAAGCGGUGUUCAUAUGGUGAAAUUGAUGUUUAUUUAAGCAUGUACAAAGUUGUAGUAGUCAGAUGGUGAAAUUGAUCGUGAAGUAAGUGUAUAUAUGGUAGAUGAACAUAAUAUAAAGAGCUACUCGCCUGGAACACCACGGAAAAGUUGGUAACAGUUGAGCAGCAGCAGUAGUAUCUACACGACGCAGGCAGCACGAUGGCAUGCGGAUGAUAUGCAGAAAGGCUCUGAGGACGCCACUAGUCAUCAAAAACUAUAUAUCUUUACGUUUAUAGCACACAGUUUGAAAGAAAAUGAACGAGAAAAGGGUAAUAGAAAGCGUUAAACGUAAAACAAAAGACAGACAACGUGUAAAAGACAAAUUAUUACCAAUAGAAAAUAAUUAUAUAGGGAACACUGAUUCUGCAAUGGGCCAGAAAAAGGCCGAGUGCUGGUGUCCUAGACAGUUUGUUAAGCAGAAACUGUACGGUCAGUUCUUAGCAGUUUAAGCUUAAGCGUGUUAUUCUUUUACGAUCUUCGCCUGUUCUGUUUCUGGACCAAAUCUCACUCACGAAUCCGCACGGCACAGAAAAUCCCCGGCCUCUUUGUUUCUCCUUCUCGAACUGCGGUUAUUGAUUGGGGAGUCUCUCCGGGAAAUCUAUCCAAGCGGCCGCAGGAACGAAGCAACAGAAGGCUGCGUUGAGGCUACAAAGGCGAGGAAGCUCUCCCCCGAAUAGAGAGUCAGCUGCUCGGGUUCUUGACGGCCAGAAGCACAAGAGAUGCACGGGGCUUCAUCUGCUUCAGGGACUCCUGCAUAGAGCCUGAUUCUCAUGCGAUUCUCAAGUGCGCCUGCGAUUCUUAUCCUGUCUCAGGUUGAAAUGGGAUCCUGUGUGUGUACGGAAACUUGGUGCAUAGGGCGUAAUAUAUGCCGUGAACUGAAAGAAUCUUCAUUUGAUCCAUAGCAAUACAUGAGAAUUUCGCACAGGAUACGUGGUCUGAUGGACAGUAUAACGUAAUCUCUGAUUUUUUUCUUUUACAGAUAAAACGAUUAUAUUGGGUAGCUAAGAUAUGAAAGGACAUUUUCAUUACCAGAGGUCCUGUUUUCCAACAAUGUGCUAGAAAUGUGAAUUGCAUUAGGUACAUUAUGUGAUCAGCGUGCAGAAUGAUUGCCGUUGCAAGAACCUAUUGACAAAGCGAAGAAAAGACAUUUCUUAUGUCACUAUUCUUUACGCUAAUGCCUAUUUAUCCGAUAAACCAGCAGCAAUGUCAAUCACCAGAAACUGUAUAACAAAACAAGCAGAGACGUACAGUACAUAGCAGUCUCGUUUCCUUACUAUCAUGUCUCGCACUUUCAGUAUUUAACUCUUCAACGACGGAAGACAUAGAAAGCAAUGAAAUGAAAAAAAAAAAAGAUGGAGAAGAAGUAGUAGUAGUAGGAGGAGUGAAGAAGAAGCAGAACAAGAAAAAGAAGAGAGAAAAAUCGUGGCAUCGUCUUGGUUCAAAAUAGGGAGCGAGAAGGAUUAGCUUUCCCACCGGCUGCAUAGAGGCCAACACGCCUCCAAUAGUCACCUCGGACGCCACUUUUAAUUUGGUCUGUUAUGUUGUCCUGUCCCUAGCUGCAGUUUAGGCGUGUACAGUGUAUAGCCCCCGUAUAUUUGUCUACUGAAGUACCCCAUCGCCCUGCGCCCCUUGCCUCUUCCCGCCCUGUCUCUGUUCCUCUGUGCUUUUCUCUUCUUGACCAAAAACGGUGAUUGUAGCUUUUGGAAAUAAAAUUGAUGUAGUUUC